UCAAGAAUCUCUCGACCGCGGGCGCCCAUUGGUUGUACGCGGGGAGGAGGCGUGCGCCGGACGGGUUUCAUUGAGCGGACUUAGCCCGGAUGACAUCAGCUUCCCAGCCCCUCGGGCGAGCCCAGCUCAUUGGCGCGGCGGCCCCUCCAGGACAAGCACAUUGUUCCUCGCCCCCGCCCCGGCCACCGCCAGCGGCGCCGCCGCCGACACCCGGCUAUAAAAACUCUCGGAGCUCGGAAAGGUGCGGAUGCUCCUUACAGACGGACAGCACGGCAGCGCCGAGCGCCGGGAUCUCCACUAAGGCUUUCCGGAGCAAGUUCCUCAAAUUGAACUCGCAGCCUGAGGGCCCAGGGAGCAAAGACCCUGCCACCAAAGCUGCGACUGUUCCCCGGGGCCAUGGACUCGGACGCCAGCCUGGUGUCCAGUCGCCCGUCGUCGCCGGAGCCCGAUGACCUUUUUCUGCCGGCCCGGAGCAAGGGCAGUAGCGGCAGCGGCUUCACCGGGGGCACCGUGUCCUCGUCCACGCCGAGCGACUGCCCGCCGGAGCUGAGCGCCGAGCUUCGCGGAGGAAUGGGCGCGGCGGGCACACACCCUGCGGACAAGCUGAGCGGCGGUAGCUUUAAGUCGUCCUCGUCCAGCACCUCCUCGUCCACGUCGUCGGCGGCCGCGUCGUCCACCAAGAAGGACAAGAAGCAGAUGACCGAGCCGGAGCUGCAGCAGCUGCGCCUCAAGAUCAACAGCCGCGAGCGCAAGCGCAUGCACGACCUCAACAUCGCCAUGGACGGCCUGCGCGAGGUCAUGCCUUACGCGCACGGCCCGUCGGUGCGCAAGCUCUCCAAGAUCGCCACCCUGCUGCUGGCGCGCAACUACAUCCUCAUGCUCACCAACUCGCUGGAAGAGAUGAAGCGACUGGUGAGCGAGAUCUACGGCGGCCACCACGCCGGCUUCCACCCCUCGGCCUGCGGGGGCCUGGCGCACUCCGCGCCGCUGCCCGCGGCCACCGCGCACCCCGCCGCCGCCGCUCACGCAGCGCACCACCCGGCCGUGCACCACCCCAUCCUGCCGCCCGCCGCCGCCGCCGCCGCCGCUGCCGCCGCCGCCGCCGCGGUGUCCAGCGCCUCCCUGCCGGGCUCCGGGCUGUCGUCCGUGGGCUCCAUCCGGCCUCCGCACGGCCUGCUCAAGUCUCCGUCGGCGGCCGCGGCCACCCCUUUGGGGGGCGGGGGCGGGGGCGGCGGCGGCGGCUUCCAGCACUGGGGCGGCAUGCCCUGCCCGUGCAACAUGUGCCAGGUGGUGCCGCCGCCGCACCACCACGUGUCGGCCAUGGGCGCGGGCAGCCUGCCGCGCCUCACCUCCGACGCCAAGUGAGCCGGCCGUGCCCGCGCGAUCUGGCGAGCGAGGGCGGCCCGGGGCCGCGAGGCAGCGAGGACUGGCGGGCGCCGGGCUCGGGAGCGCUGUCACGAGGAGAUGCGCGGGGCCGGGGGCUGGGGUGGGGACGGGGACUCCAGCGCGCGCCCGCGAACCGAAGGCGAAGUCGUGGGCGCGCACAGAGCCGCCGGGAGUGAGGGGCGCAUCCUCUCUGGGACCCUGUCGAGGCCUCUGGCUUUAAACCGCGCUGGGCAGUGUGGUGGACACUUUAUAAAAAGGCACCACCGUAUCAUCCUUCUCUGGAACCCCUCUUCUUCCCCCGGAAAAGCGUUUGAAGAUUGCGGUUUCCCUGCGAACGUGGCUUGACUCCCGGACUGGGACGGGUGGAGGGGGGGGACGCCUUAGGGCUUCUUCUCCGUCCUCCCUCCUAGGCGGGUAGGAGUCUCCGGCCCUGCGGAAGCGACCUCUGGCCUUAGAGGGUCGUCGCCGGCCCAGGUCCAGGCCCAGGGGCGAUGGGUUCUUUGGAAGCUGGCGUUGGCACCUAAAGCACUUACGGUCGCAUCGGAUUCCCGGGUUUCGGAAUCUGGCUACACCCGCACCUCCUCUGAACCUCGCCCGCCCCUCCCAGCCUCUCCUGUCGAUUUGGGGAUUGGUUGUUUUCCAAUAAAUCUGUGAGUGUUUCUUUUUCAGCAGUAUGAGCAAGCUUUGUGGACGCUCAGAAUAGAACCACUUGUGGAACGGAAUAACCCAAAACUGCCGAUAUUGGGGGGAAGCGGGUGUUUUUAGAUAUUAUUUUAAAAUAGAAACUACCUUUCUCCUUCCUUCCGUCUGGAGCGCGAGUGAUUUUGUUUCUUACUCGUUUGGAGACAGUCAUUUCGUUACCCGAGGGCUUGACAGAACAACAAGGAAGUGGCUGUGAAUAUAGUUUGAGGUUCUGCUGGCUUUUUAAUAAUCCUUUCUUGGAUGUGUAACUAUCACAUCAAGGAUGCGGUAAGUGCGACGCUAGCUCUCUGCUCACGUGAUGACUCCCUCUCCCCCCCACCCAUCAUCCGGUUUCUUUUUGCCACGUUUAACACAAAUGGCAAACUUCCACGUGUUUCCUGCGUCUUCACAAGCCAUCGGGCGCUUCCUGCGCUGCAGUCGGGCUUCGUAGCGUCUGCUGCGUAACAUCCCUCCCCUGAUUCCGCUGUCCCUCGCAGAGAGUGUAUCAUCUGUUUUAUUUUUGUAAAAAAAGAAAAGUGCUAAAUAAUAUUUAUUACUUGUUUGGUUUCAAAAAAUGAAAUAAAUGAUCAA